AUGCAAAAAGAGCUUUGUUGUGAAUAUUAUUGGUUCUCAAGCAAUGAACUGAAUAAAAUACGCUAUGCCUUAUUUGUCCGCAUACUGCAUUUACUAAAUGAAGUGUUUAGUCUGUUCGUCAACAAUUCAACAAACCCGGUAUACCACACCAACCAAGAAGUAAAUUCCAGUGGUAUUAGUAGUCCAAUAAUGGAUGAGACUGAAUCAUCCAACGACAAUCUGCCAAUUCCAUUAGAUAGCUUGGAAUUACUAGACAGUUUAUCGGUUAUGACUGCUGGUCAUGCUAUUCAACACAGUAUAGACUAUGCUUUUGCAUCUCCUGUAUGCUUCGCGUAUAUAACCCAUUUGUUCACAUUGGUUGCUGCUAUACUUGAUCAACCUAUCAUCUAUCCACAAGAUUUUGUGGAAAAUUAUCCUAAACUGAAGCUGAUGGAUAUUUUCACACGUGACUUAUCUCCAUCAGAUCGCAGUUUGGCUGUCUGUAUUUUAAAUCGGAAUAUCUUCUCCUUGGGUUCACGGUUUAAUUUAUAUCUAACUCCAGACAAACAUGCUCUCCAUAAUUUAAAAUCCUUAUUUGAUCACUUCCAAAAUAGUAAGUUUAUCGACUAA